AUGGGCACCCGACUACACCGACGAGGGUGCUCUCCAACGAAGACCAGCAGUAAGACCAGCCCACCUCCAGAACGUCAAGAUAAAAGCCUGCUUGCUGAGACUCUACUCGAGCUCUUCAAUCCACACUCAAUCUCAACUACUAGUACACUUCGUGUUUUAAAAAUCCGAAACAAUGUCACCCCGACCCUUCGUCAGGAAUUUGACCUUCCAGUCGUGAGUGUCGGUGAUCUCGACCCAACGUUUCGCAGCAACGGCCUCGGCAAGGAGGUCACGAUCAUGCUCGCCUGGAGUCCCAACCCGGACGGCCUCUAUGAAGACUUCUUCCCGAUAGUUUGGAACUCAGGCGGGAAUUUCAGCGAUGUUGGAGAUGGCAGUCGCGUCAUGGCAAAGUUCACGGGGUUCGGAAUAGUCAAUCUGUUCAGCAACAGCAGUCGAGGCCUGUGUAUUCAAUCGCUAUGCAGUAUAUACAUGGCUGGCAGCAUCAUCAUGGAAGGACCCGUCCUUCCCCAGCUUGACGAAUUGCAGAUGCCUGAGAUCGUUUCACGGCUCCAGGUCCUCGCUCGUUCGUCACCUGAAGACAAGAAGAUACUGACGGAGAAGCUUUGUGCACUCAGGGAGAUCGUUGCCGUCACUGGCGAUGGCAAUCAUGUGGGGUCGUUGCAUGAACGACGCAGUUUGGAAAUUCCUACAGUUCCAGAUCUCCACAACAUUACUGCUGUGGUGAUCACUUCUGUGACCGCCAUCGCUUCUAGUUCUGAGACGUUGGCACUGUCAGCUGUUCAGAUGUUGUGGAUCAAUAUCAUCAUGGACACAUUCACUGCGCUUGCGCUUGCCACGGACCCUGCAUCGCUGGUGUUACUCAACUGGACAUCUGAUAAGCAGAUGGCACCACUUUUCACUGUGAACAUGUACAAACAGAUCUUGUUGCAGUCCGUCUACCAGAUCACCGUCAUCCUACUAUUCCACUUCCAUGGCACCCAGAUCCUGGGCUUUACCGAGACGUCGGGCAAUGACAUCAUUGUACAGACGCUCGUCUUCAAUGCGUUCGUUUUUGCUCAGAUAUUCAACUCGGUGAAUUUGGUCGCCCUUGGCUUCGUAUCCACGUAUCCAUCCCUCUCGGCCUGA